AUGCUCGUGUCGAUUAUGAACCGCGGCGCCUGGUCGCUGGCGGCUGUGUCGCUUCUUGCAUCUUGUGCUGCGGCUGAAGUCUUUGAACGUCUUGCUGCUGUCCCCGAGGGAUGGCGUUACUCCCGAACCCCUAGUGCUAGCCAGCCGAUUAAGCUGCAGGUGGCUUUGACACAGGGUGAUGUCCCUGGAUUCGAGCAGGCCUUGAUGGACAUGUCGACCCCUGGUCAUGCGAAGUAUGGCGAGCACUUUCGGACUCAUGAUGAAAUGAAGCGUAUGCUGCAGCCCAGCGCUGCAGCGGUAGAUACAACCCGCGCAUGGUUGGAAGAUGCAGGCAUCACGAACAUCGAACAAGACGCCGACUGGCUGAAGUUUUCCACGACCGUUGAAACCGCCAAUAAGCUGUUGGACGCCAACUUCCAGUACUACGUCAGCAGCAGCCAACAUGCAGAGCGCCUUCGAACCCUAGAAUACUCGAUUCCCGAUUCGCUGGUCGACUAUAUUAAUAUGGUUACCCCAACUGUUCGUUUCGGUCAGAUGCAUGCCAAUCGUGCUACCAUGCACGGCAGAAAAAAGGCCGUGAACGACGCUUUCCGAAAAGCAACCCAAUACGCAAGCACUGACUGCAACAGUGCCAUCACGCCGCAGUGUCUGAAGGACCUUUACUCCGUUGGUGAUUACAAGGCCCAGUCCGACAAUGGCAACAAGGUUUCCUUUGCCAGCUACCUGGAACAGUAUGCUCGGUACGCAGACCUAGCUUUGUUCGAGGAAAACAUCGCUCCCUACGCAACGGGUCAAAAUUUCACUGUGAUUCAAUACAAUGGCGGCUUGAACGAUCAGAACGCAGCUAGCGACAGCAGCGAAGCCAACCUAGAUCUCCAGUACAUUCUCGGCGUCAGCUCCCCAGUCCCAGUCACGGAGUUUAGCACAGGUGGCCGUGCCCCUCUAGUUCCCGACCUGGACCAACCCGACGCCAACAACGAUGAAAACGAGCCUUAUCUCGCAUUCCUUCAGGAAGUUGUCAAAAUGAACGACAGCGACCUCCCACAGGUCAUCUCCAACUCUUACGGCGAAGACGAACAAAGCGUGCCAGCCAAAUACGCCCAGAGCGUCUGCAACCUGUACGCCCAGCUCGGCAGCCGUGGUGUCUCGAUCAUCUUUUCGUCCGGCGACUCGGGCGUAGGUGCAGCCUGCGAGACAAACGAUGGCACAAACGCCACUCACUUCCCGCCCCAGUUCCCAGCCUCCUGUCCCUGGGUUACAUCUGUCGGUGCGACAACACACAUCGCUCCAGAGAAAGCAGUCUACUUCUCCUCGGGAGGGUUCUCGGAUCUCUGGUCUCGCCCAAGCUACCAGGACGAUGUCGUUGAGGCUUACCUAGACAAGUUGGGAGAUCAGUGGUCCGGUCUAUUCAACCCCAAUGGCCGUGCCUUCCCCGAUGUCGCGGCCCAGGGCCAGAACUACGCUAUCUACGAGAAGGGCUCUCUCAGCGCCGUGGAUGGUACGUCCUGCGCUGCGCCUACCUUUGCGGGUGUUAUUGCUCUUGUGAACGAUGCGCUCAUCCAAGCUGGUAAGCCGGCGCUGGGAUUCUUGAACCCUUGGUUGUACUCGUCUAGUGGGCAAGCUGCUUUGAACGAUAUUACUACGGGCGGUAGUACUGGUUGUAACGGGAAUGCACGGUUUGGUGGUGCAUCGAACGGUGGCCCUGUUGUUCCUUAUGCUAGUUGGAAUGCUACUGAAGGAUGGGACCCUGUUACUGGGCUGGGAACGCCUGACUUUGCUAAGAUGGUGGCGUCAGCUGGUGCGAGUCAGUAA